UGCGCUCUUGGAAACUUGUGCAGACUUCAGGGAGGCAUCUCUGCCUGUCUGUCUGGUGUCGGACUCCUCUCAGGAAUGCAGCGGGAAGUGUGAGAAGCCUUGCUUCAACUAAAAGUAGGACGGAGCUCGGUUUUCUCAUGUUGCCAUAUUUAGUUUAAAGCCAUUGUUACGGUUUUUUUGCUGUGAGAGUAUGUUAACACCAGGCUGCUUGUCCAAGAAGGCACUUUAAAACUUCACAUCAUCGACCUGCAAGGACCGUUAAAGACUGAGAGCUUCACGGAGACGUCUCCUGCAUCAUGGGCUGCAGCAAGGUGAUGUGGGGGGUGGUGGGGGCGGCUGUCGUCAUCACGUUAAUAACGAUCCCUGCGGUUUAUUUCAGCAAAUCAGGUGUUGCCAAGAGGCCAUUCACCAUUGAAGAUUACUUCAAUGACACCAUUAGGUGGAAAGCCUACAGCUUGUAUUGGAUAUCAGACAAGGAGUAUCUGCAUAAAACAAGAGAAGGAAAUGUCAUCCUCUUCAAUGCUGAAACAAAUGAGGAGUCACUAUAUUUGAGCAAUUCAACAUUUGCUCAGGUGGAUGCCAAUGAUUAUCUGUUGUCAGGUGACUAUAGAUACAUUGCGUUUGAAAGCAAUUUCACAAAGAAAUGGAGACACUCUUUCACAGCUUCUUACUCCAUCUAUGACAGGGAGAGCUCAACAUUUAUUACCCCUGUGAAUCUUCCAACCGUUGUGCAGUACUUCACCUUCGCCCCAACAGGAAACAAAUAUGCUUAUGUCUUUGACUACAACAUUUACUUCAAAUCCGACGUCAUUGCUGAAGCUGUGCAGGUGACCUUCAAUGGGAAAAAGAAUGAGAUCCUCAAUGGUAUUCCUGACUGGGUAUAUGAGGAGGAAGUGUUCGCAUCUAAUGGGGCAAUAUGGUGGUCAUCCACUGGGAAAUACUUGACUUAUGCAGAGUUCAACGACACAGACGUUCACAAAGUGGAGUUCUCUUGGUAUGGAUCUGAGCAGUAUCCUGAAACAGUGGCUGUACCUUAUCCAAAGGCUGGCUCGCCCCUAACCAAGGUGAAACUGUAUGUGGUUGAUACCACAAAUCCAUCCCGACGCACACAGGUGGUUCCCCCUGCGUCUGUAGCCUCUGGCGAUCACAUGUUGUGCUCAGUGACCUGGGUUACAGACGAACGCGUCGCUGUGCAGUGGGUCACAAGAAAACAGAAUUACGUGGUUGUACAGAUCUAUGACUUUGAUGGAAGCAGCUGGCAAGAAAAGCAGAAAUUUGAACAAACAAGCAAGACAGGCUGGGUCGGCCAUUACGUGCCCUUACCUAUUUUUAUGGCUGAAGAUAAGCUCAGUUUCUACAAAGUUAUGAGUGACACUCAGGGCUACAAGCAUAUCCAUUAUAUAAAAGAUGGCAAAGCAACACCUAUUACCUCUGGGAAGUGGGAAGUCAUCUACAUAUCCAAAUUAACAAACAAUGCCAUAUAUUUUGCGAGUAAUCAGGACCAAGGCAUACCAGGAAAGAACAAUCUUUAUAAGGUUGCGAUUGGAAACAGCCCCUCUGCUCCUCAGUGUCUCACCUGCGACCUGCAUAAGGACAGGUGUCAGUACAAUUCUGCUUACUUCAGCUUUGACGCCUCUUUCUACCGAAUGGACUGCUACGGACCUGGGUUGCCCCUCUACACACUCAGGGACAACAGGGGCUCAGGUGCAGAGCUUGCAGUUCUUGAAGAGAACAAGGAGCUGGAAAGUAUUCUGUCUGAAUUUCAAAUGCCAACAAUGCAGUAUGGCACACUAAAGAUUGCAGGAUAUGAUCUUUGGUAUCAAAUGAUGUUGCCACCCAAUUUCAAGAAGUCAAAAAAAUAUCCUCUUCUUAUUAAUGUGUAUGCCGGCCCCUGUAGUCGACAGGUGGACUAUCGUUUCAAGCUGAACUGGGGCACUUACCUCUCCAGUUCACACGGGAUCAUUGUCGCCAGCUUUGAUGGAAGGGGAACCGGCUACCGAGGUGAUGAAAUAAUGCACGCUAUCUACAAGCGCCUUGGGACGUUCGAAGUGGAGGAUCAGAUAACAGCUGUGAGGAAAUUCAUUGAGAUGGGUUUUAUUGACAAAGACAGAAUAGCAAUAUGGGGCUGGUCAUAUGGUGGCUACGUCACCUCAAUGGCCUUGGGUGCAGGAACUGGACUCUUCAAGUGUGGAAUAGCAGUUGCCCCAGUUGCCAAGUGGGAAUAUUAUGAUGCAGUGUACACUGAACGCUACAUGGGCAAACCUACGGAGAAUUCAGACUCUUACAAAAAUUCUACAGUGACAGCCAGAGCCAAGAACUUCAAAACAGUAGACUAUCUAUUGGUUCAUGGCACAGCAGAUGAUAAUGUCCACUUCCAGCAAGCAGCACAGAUCUCCAAAGCUCUGGUGGACGAGCAAGUGGACUUUGAGGCGAUGUGGUACACUGACAAGGACCACACACUCAGAGGAUCAUCCUACCAUCAUAUAUACACCCUCAUGAGCCACUUCCUGCAGAAAUGCCUCGUUAAUCCCAAAUAGAUGUGAAGAAUGCGACAGCAUUUAGUGAACACACGCUUUUUUUCUAAUGUGUAUAUAUAUAUUUUAUUAUUUUGCUGAUAUUCUGAAGCAUCAGGUUUAAGUCUGUACAUUUGUUUUUUAUGUGCAAUAGAUGUUCAAUUGUUCUCACACAUGAACAUGUGUACUUUAUAUGAAUUUAGGGAACCUUUGUCAAAAUGUCUAACAUAUAAAACAUAAUAAAAGCCACUGCAUGCAUUUAUGGUUAAAACAUUUUUUAUGUGAAUAUGAUAUCAUACAAUAGAUCACCACACUGGUUUGUUGUGUGAGUGCUGCAUUUGUGUUGCAGUCAUGUUUUAUUAAAUAAACAUUGUUUUGAA